AUGGUGUCCGUUAUGGCGUUCAACGUGUUAAAAAAUCAAAGAGGUUCAUCUGCUUAUUGGCGUAGUGCUCUUAGUGAUCUUAUAGCACAAAUCAGAUGUUUAGGACCUCCCACUUAUUUUGUUACAUUGAGCUGCAAUGAUCUUCACUGGAAGGAUAUGAAAAGAGGUCUCCUUGUUAGUGAUGGUAAACAGCACAUUGAUGACAUAGAUAUUCAGGAAACUCAGAGACUCAUCGAGAUGUAUCCAGUUGUUUUGAGUAGACAUUUUAUGGUACGUGUUAGUGCGCUAAUGCAGUUUCUUAAAACUGAUACUGAAAUAUUUGGCGGUAAAGUUAAAGAUCAUUGGUGGCGAAUCGAGUUUCAGAACAGAGGAAGUCCUCAUUUGCAUAUGGUUGUUUGGAUCGAAGAUCACCCGUCUGUUGCGACACCUGAAGGAAUAGCUCGCAUUGAUUCAGUCUGUAGUACUGCCAUUCCUCCAGAAACUUCAGAACUAUAUGAAUAA